AUGUAUUAUCGGAUCAAGCGAGCAAAGUAUGGCAUAUAUCUUGAGUCAAUACCCUACAAAAUAAUGCUUUUCCGACCCGACAAUACUUCUUUGCUUGAUCCGACCAUACUAGCACUCAACAUAUUAACAUAUAGCUCAACAUUGAAUCAGAAUCUGAAGAGACUAAUGCGUUCUGAUAACGAAAGCGAAGAUGUAGGUAAAUCAACGCUAGUCAAAAUCCUAAAAGAAAAAUGUAAACAGAUGGGACUAAGCGUAACUCAACAAUGUCUUCGCUGUAAAGUAACAACCUCCUUGAAUCGGAAAACGAUCUCGGAGUUAGCACUAGAAAUCGGCGAGGAGCUCGCCGAUGAGCUGUCCUCUGUACAUGAUAUCAAGCCUGCCAUGUGGACACCGCCCUUAAGGAAACCGGAAAAAAAUUUUAAACUGCAGUCUAAGUUGAACUUUUCCGGCUGUACUGUGAGAAAGAAUACAAAAAUGGGAAGGAAAACUUCAAAAAUUCUAUCAAAACGACGAUUAUGGUAUCGAUCUGGAAGUAAUAAUCGUCGAAGAUAA